AUCCUGCAGCGCCGGACCCGGGGCUCAGAGGGCGAUCCGCUUUUGAGGGAGAAGGGAGUCCGAUCCGGUCCGCCACUUUAACACAACCGCCGAGCCAGAGACGCCGAGGACAGCGAGGAUGACGGUCCAGCCGGGGAGGGUGUACCUAGUGACGGGCGGCUGCGGGUUCCUGGGUCAGCACCUGGUCCGCUUGCUGGUGGAGAAGGAGGAGACGGUGUCGGAGGUCCGGCUCUUCGACCUGCACGUGGACCCCAGCCUGGAGCAGCUCGGCACAGGUGAGGCCGGUCCGGGGUUCGAGGCACUGGCUGCCGAAGGCGCUAUACAGGCGGGAAGACCGGCAGCGCCUGCUCGGUCGGGGCAGGUGGCUGUAAACCCGCUCGGUCCCAGGGUGAACCGGAUUGACACCCGAGAGCGCUUCGGGCUUCAGCCGGACGGACGUCCCGGAGAGCGACGAAUGCCGGCGGAGACCGGACUAACAGCGCGGGGUCGAGCCGACCCGCACCGAGGUGACCGCGGCGUGUCCGUCACAGGUCCGGGUGUCGCGGUGUCUCAGUCUCGCCGGUCCCGGCGGGCGAGCUCGGUCUCCUCCGUGAUUCGCGCUCGGGGCGCUGAGCGCGGAGUGAAGGACACGCGAAAGCGCGGAAUCGGCGCGGAGGCCGGUGGUGUGUGUGUGUCUGCAGGGACUGAGAACGUGCUGCGCGCCUGCGAGGAGCUGGGGGUCCAGUAUCUUGUCUACACCAGCAGCAUGGAGGUGGUGGGGCCCAAUGUCAAGGGAGACCACUUCUACAGGCAAGGCUGUCUCACUGACUCAUUACUCUCCACCGAUAUUGUGCAGCGUAUAGUAGGCUCUGUAUGGAGCCUGGUCUUCAUCAAAGUGAGGAGGAUCUAUCCCACUGUGAGGAGCCUGGUCUUCAUCAAAGUGAGGAGGAUCUAUCCCACUGUGAGGAGCCUGGUCUUCAUCAAAGUGAGGAGGAUCUAUCCCACUGUGAGGAGCCUGGUCUUCAUCAAAGUGAGGAGGAUCUAUCCCACUGUGAGGAGCCUGGUCUUCAUCAAAGUGAGGAGGAUCUAUCCCACUGUGAGGAGCCUGGUCUUCAUCAAAGUGAGGAGGAUCUAUCCCACUGUGAGGAGCCUGGUCUUCAUCAAAGUGAGGAGGAUCUAUCCCACUGUGAGGAGCCUGGUCUUCAUCAAAGUGAGGAGGAUCUAUCCCACUGUGAGGAGCAGGGUCUUCCUCAGAGUGAGGAGGAUCUAUCCCACUGUGAGGAGCAGGGUCUUCCUCAGAAUCAGCGGGGAGAAGGUCCUGUACACUUGUGCCCUGCGCCCCACUGGUAUCUAUGGGGAGAACCAUCAGCUGAUGAAGGAUUUCUACAACAGGGGCAUGAAGACUGGGGGCUGGAUACUGAGGGGCAUCCCCGAGCACAUUGAACAUGGCCGUGUCUACGCAGGUACACACACUGAUCCUCACUCCCACACCAGCUCAUUCCUGUAACACCCGGGCAGCCUGCAGUCAUCAUGGGAAACAGCAGAAUUCCCAUGAGUGCAUGUGUUCCUGCCGAACCCAUGAGGACCAGCUCCGGCCGCCUCCACUCAAGCCUCCAAUUAAGCACUGACUCCAGUAAAGCAUUUAAAUCUCAAAUCUGUGCUGCGUCAGUGCUCUGACAUUGAGCUUCCUGAGGUAGUACAGUCUCCUGCCUGCUUAGCACAACGCAGGAUAUCAGAAAUGCCGUCUAAUUUCUGCUUUUUGAUCAUCAUCUGCAACACUGGUCCAGCAAAGUGCCUUCGCUGUGAGCUUGUGUUUUCAUCAUGCUUCCCUGGCAGCCCCAUUUCACCAGGCUCUGCCAGUCAGCCUCAGCAUGUCAGACUCUCCUAGUCACUGUCUCCUCCCCACACACCUGAACAUCACCUCUGCCUUACAGUCUCCUCACCCUACACCAGAACAUCACUUCCGUUUCACUGUGGUUCUUCUCACCCCACACCUGAACAUCACCUCCAUCUCAUUGUCUCCUCACCCUACACCUGAAAACCACCUCCGUCUCACUGUCUCCUCACCCCACACCUGAACAUCACCUCUGUCUCACAGUUUGUGUAUCUCUGUGUCUCUCUGUCUGUCUCCUCAUCACACACCUGAACAU